AUGAAAAUAUGUGGUGAUGCAGCGCAUAAGAUUAGAGAGUCUAUUAAGUAUCUGAGAAAAUCUGAAAGUCGAAUGGCUAAGUUUAAAGAAUGUUUUGAAGAUAUUGAGGGACUUGAGUAUACGACUGCAUUAUGUUUAGAUGUUCCUACUAGGUGGAAUUCACUUUAUGCAAUGCUUUCAAGUGCUAUUUCAUAUAAGAAAGCUUUUGAAAUGUAUAAAUUAAAAGAAGCUGGAUUUAGGGAGUAUUGUCUUUCAUCAGAUGAGUGGAGAAGAACUGAAAAGAUACGUGAUUUCUUGUUACCAUUUUACGAAACUACCAAGUUGAUGUCUGGAACUUCUUACCCAACAUCCAACUUGUAUUUUUUACAAGUUUGGCAAAUCCAGCUUAUUUUAAUGAAUAGUUUGAAGAAUGAUGAAGUGCUUAUAAGGAACAUGGGAGAAAAAAUGAUGAUUAAGUUCAAGAAAUAUUGGGAGAAAUACAAUGUUGUUCUUGCAUUUGGGGCAGUUCUUGAUCCUAGAUUUAAACUCAACACUUUGGUUCAUUGCUAUAAUGAGAUUGGUCCUAUUAGUGCUAAAGACAAAGUGGAGCUUGUGAAGAGUAAGUUAUACAAGCUCUUUGAGGUUUAUGACCACAAUUCCUCUACAACUGUAGAGAGUUCUUCCCAACUUUCAAGUAAUUUUUCUCAAGCAACAUCUUCUGCAAUUGGAACUCAGCUUAUUAAAAUUGUUGGUGAUUUGAUGUCUCGUAAUCAAGAAGUUGAAGUGAAAAGUGGAAAGAACCAACUUGAUAUUUAUUUGACUGAGGCAACAUUAUUUUGCAAUGAUGCAAUCAUUGAUGUUUUGCAAUGGUGGAAAGACAACCAUCAUCGUUUUCCAACACUAUCACUAAUGGCACGAGAUUUGUUGAGCAUUCCUAUUACUACCGUGGCUUCAGAAUCUGCAUUUAGCAUGGGUUCUCAUGUUUUGAAUAAGUAUAGAAGUCAUUUGUUGCCAGAUAAUGUUAAAGCGGUGAUUUGCACCAGAAAUUGGAUACGUGGAUAUGAUGAUUUUGAGGAAGAUAAAGAUGAGGAAGAUAUUGCAAAAGGAGAAGGCUGUUCUUCAAGAGUUGGUUCCAAUGAUGUUAUUGACUUACAUGAAGAUAAAGAUGAAAAUUAA